GUGGCCACCAACGGCAUCAUCUCGGCUCAGGACCUACCGAUGGAAAAGCAAUACGUCGACGAUGGAUUCCCCACAGAUUUUCCUGCGGUCGCUCCGUUCCUUGCUGACAUCGACACCAGCGGAGGGCGAGGACAGAUUUAUUACCGAGUGACCGAAACGCCCAGCGUGCUCAACAGAGUGGCCCACGAGGUCCAUCGAGGCUUCCCAGACGCAAAAUUCACGCCCACACACGCAGUGGUAGCCACGUGGGAAAAUGUCGCUGCGUACGAAGACCAUACUCAAAAGACUUGGCUCUCAAACAAGGUCAACACAUUCCAAGCGGUGAUCGGUUACGAUGAGACCGACUCGUACGUCCUCUUCCUUUACCCUGAUGGAGGUCUGAACUUUUUUACGACGCGACACAAGGAGUCAUAUAAUGUUAAUAUUGAGCUUCCUGCCAGAGUUGGAUURAGUAAAGGAGAAACCGUAUUUCUUUUCAUCUCCCGGUUUGAGGGACCUUUCUACAGCGUUACCACUGAUGAAGAUAGUGUUAAAAGUUUAUACCAGGUUGGUAAUACUGGGACUCCAGGUGUUUGGCUUUUCCACACGGGGAGCCGUUACUCUUUCAACAACAUCGUUCCUGCAUCCAUCGGUGGACUCCUUGCUACGCUGCGUCCUGAAGACCCCUCCCCGGAAACCACCACCCCUGAAUACGAGUUAGACUACACAGAUAAUACGUUUGCAGCAGGGUCCCAAGAGGAAGUGGACAGCUUUGCUCUGACAGAGGACUCUGAUCAUCAGGUGUCAUACAAUGAGGAAAAUGUACCGGAACCCAGGUUCAGUUCAGAACCAGCAGAGAGGCAAAAUGCUCCCCUUGAUCGUUCGCAGAUGUCCUCAGAGGGACGCACUGAACAGCUUCAAGAACAGCAACCACAGCUUCCACUAGAGGUGGUGGAUGUGUACCCCGCUGAGAGAGAAGAACCACCCCUGUCCCCUGGAGGCCAUGUGGUCAGUGUGGACGAAGAUGUGGACUUUGACACAGGAGUGAUUCAGUACACUACAGAAAACAAGGAAACAUGUGCCGGAUUCCAGCAGCAGUGUUCCCAGAAUGCUUUUUGUUCCGACUACGCCACUGGAUUUUGCUGUCACUGCCARCCGGGCUUCUAUGGGAAUGGCCGCCAGUGUCUACCCGACGGUGCUCCUCAAAGAGUUAGCGGGAAGGUGAGCGGUACGGUGACUGUAGGACUGACUGCAGUCCGGCUGAACAACAUCGAUCUUCACGCCUACAUCGUGGUCGGAGAUGGACGAGCGUACACUGCCAUCAGUCAGGUUCCUGAACCCGUGGGCUGGGCCCUGAUGCCAGUUUCACCGAUUGGAGAACUUUURGGAUGGCUCUUUGCGUUGGAGCUGCCCAACAGCCAAGCAGGUUUUAAAGUCACAGGUGCUGAGUUCAGCCGUCAUGURGAGGUGCUGUUUAACCCUGGAAACCAGCGCCUGUCAAUCGUUCAAARGGGCCACGGCCUCGACGAGCACAACCACCUCCGAGUGGAUACUGUCAUCAAUGGAAACGUGCCUUUGCUGCCGCCUGGAGCUGAAGUUACCAUGGAGCCCUUCAAGGAGAUCUACCAGUACUACCCAUCGGUCAUCACCUCCACCUCUGUGAGGGAGUUUACGGUGGUUUCAGCAGAGCGAGGCUCCGAGUCCUUCACCUUCCACCUGAAACAGAACAUCACCUACCGCGACUGUCGCCACCACAACCGCGCCGGCGUCCCAGAGACCCUGCAGAUCACCAUGGAGAGGGUGUUUGUGAUGUAUGUCAAGGAGGAGCGGAUACUGAGAUACGCCAUCACUAAUAAGAUCAGUCAAGUGGGAGCUGACUCCUCAGAAGAUGAACUUGUCAACCCCUGCUACUCCGGGAACCACGACUGUGACACCACAGCCCAGUGCAUCCCCCUGGAGGGCCUAAGCUUCCGUUGCCAGUGUGCUACUGGUUACAGAGGAGAUGGACACAACUGUUAUGAUGUCGAUGAGUGUGCAGAGGGUCUGAGCUCAUGCGGUGAGAACUCGCAGUGUGUGAAUCUUCCUGGUAGCCACCGCUGCCAGUGCCAGAGGGGUUUCGAGUUUGGAUACGACCGGCGUACCUGUGUUGACAUUGAUGAGUGCAGUUCCUCUCCUUGUCACAUAAACGCCAGGUGUGUGAAUGAGCUGGGAUCUUUCCACUGUCAGUGCCUGCCCGGAUUUCAUGGCAGCGGUUUCCACUGCUCAGAACUCACAGGUCGCCCAAAGAGCCAGUGUGAGCAGCACAGAGACAGUCUGCAGAGUGGAGGACCUGAUGGACGUCCCAGUGUUGGAGCCUACAUUCCUCAGUGUGAUUCUGACGGGCUGUACCAACCACAGCAGUGCCACAGCUCUACAGGAUAUUGUUGGUGUGUGGACAGUAGAGGACAGGAGAAACCAGGAACCAGGACUCCACCUGGUACCGCUUCUUUAGACUGUGAUGCUACAGACGAGACAGAACCUCUUAAAACUCAGUGUGAGCACCACAGGGACAGCGUUCAGACCACCAGUCCAGAUGGACAUCCUCUUGAUGGAGCUUAUGUCCCUCAGUGUGACGGAGAGGGACAGUACACACCACUUCAGUGUCAUGGUUCUACUGGACAUUGUUGGUGUGUGGACAGUAAGGGACAGGAGAGACCAGGAACCAGGACCCCACCUGAUGAGCCAGAUCGUCCUAAGACUCUAUGUGAGCACCACAGAGACAGCAUUCAGACCACCAGUCCAGAUGGACAUCCUCUACUUGGAGCCUAUGUCCCUCAGUGUGAUGAACAUGGACACUAUCAUCUACAGCAGUGUCAUGGUUCUACCGGACAUUGUUGGUGUGUGGACCAUAAAGGACAGGAGAGACCUGGAACCAGGACUCCACCUGGUACACCACAUGUAGACUGCAGCAGAGCAGAGCAUCCCAAGACUCAGUGUGAGCACCACAGAGACAGUGUUCAGACCACCAGUCCAGAUGGACAUCCUCUACUUGGAGUUUAUGUCCCUCAGUGUGAUGAACAUGGACAUUAUCAUCCACAGCAGCUAUCAUCCACAGCAGUGUCAUGGUUCUACUGGACAUUGUUGGUGUGUGGACAGUAGGGGACAGGAGAGAGCAGGAACCAGGACUCCGCCUGGUGAACCACAUGUAGACUGCAGUAGAGCAGAUGAGCCUGAUCGUCCCAYGACUCAGUGUGAGCAUCACAGGGAUGGUGUUCAAACCACCAGUCCAGAUGGACGUCCUCUACUUGGAGCCUAUGUUCCUCAAUGUGAUGAACAUGGACACUAUCAUCCACAGCAGUGUCAUAGUUCUACCGGACAUUGUUGGUGUGUGGACAGUAGUGGACAGGAGAGACCAGGAACCAGGACUCCACCUGGUGAACCACGUGUAGACUGCAGCGGAGCAGAUCAUUCAGAGCAUCCAAAGACGUCCUGUGAACGCCACAAGGAGAGAGCACAGGCCACUAUUUCAGGGGGAUACCCUGUAGCUGGAGCUUAUGUCCCCCAGUGUGACACUGAUGGACACUACAUACCACUACAGUGCUAUGGUUCCAGUGGACACUGCUGGUGUGUUGACCAGAAUGGACAGGAGAGACCAGGAACCAGGACUCCCCCUGGUACACCACCAAAAGACUGUGAUAAAUCAGAUCGUCCCAAGACUCAGUGUGAGCACCACAGAGACAGUGUUCAGACCACUGGUUCGGAUGGACACCCUGUCCUAGGAGCCUAUGUCCCUCAGUGUGAUGAACAUGGACACUAUCAAACACAACAGUGCCACGGUUCUACUGGACAUUGUUGGUGCGUGGACCACAUUGGUCAGGAAAGACCAGGAACCAGGACUCCACCAGGAACACGACAUGUGGACUGCGAUAAUCCAGAGCCUGUAGCUCCUACCAGCCGCCCUGAGAGCGUGUGUGAGCGAUGGAGGGCCAGCUUGAUGGAACAUUAUGGCGGGAAACCAGAUCCACAGCAAUAUUUGCCUCAGUGCGAGGCUGAUGGAGAGUUCAGUCCGGUCCAGUGUUAUGGAGAGACCACCUACUGUUGGUGCGUAGACCAGGACGGACGYGAAGUCUCCGGCACUCGAUCUCACGAUGCAGUCAAACCUGCAUGCCUCCCAACGGUGACCCCACCCACAACUCYUCCUUUGCCCCGCCCAGAUGUGACGCCACCGUCUAAUGCUGACAUUACACUACUGUACGCUCAGGGGCAGAAAAUAGGAGCACUGCCGCUCAACGGGACCAGACUGGAGGUGUCCAGGUCCAAAACACUGUUGACUCUGCACGGCUCCAUCGUUGUUGGAAUCGCUUAUGACUGCAAGGAAAAUCAAGUCUAUUGGACGGAUUUGUCUGCGAGAACCAUUAACAGAGCUUCCAUGGUGUCUGGGGCUGAGCCCGAGAUACUCAUUAACUCAAAUCUCGUCAGUCCAGAAGGUCUGGCGGUAGAUGUCAAGCGUAGGUUGAUGUUCUGGGUCGACUCCACCCCCGAUGUGAUCGAAAGCGCCAACUUGGACGGCAGCGAGAGACGAAUUCUGUUUGACACCGACCUGGUCAACCCUCGAGCCAUCAUCGUGGUGUCGUCCACCGGGACUCUGUAUUGGACUGACUGGAACAGAGAGGCUCCAAAGAUCGAGAGCUCGUCUGUGGAUGGUCAGGACCGCAGGGUGGUGGUGUCAGAUGGCAUCGGUUUGCCAAAUGCUCUAACCUACGACUUCUCUUCUGGACAGAUCUGCUGGGCCGACGCAGGUACCAAACGGUUAGAGUGUGUGUCUCCAAACGGCUCKGGACGAAAAGUGAUCCAUCCCAACCUGAACUACCCCUUCAGCAUGGUUUACUAUCAGAACCACUUCUACUACACGGACUGGAGGAGGGAUGGAGUGAUCGCCGUCAGCAAAGACAGCAGUAAGUUCACUGAUGAAUACCUGCCCGAGCAGAGAUCACACCUGUACGGCAUUGCCAUAGCAACCAACUACUGUCUACCAGGGAACCACUAACGACUAGGMGUCCGGCAGCUACGGCGGGGUCUUUUGGUGCUAAACAUCUGUGGGGACAGAAGACAGCGUCCCCUCAGAGCAGACAGCAGGACGGCUUCCCGAAGCCGGAUCAGAGCCAACUGUCUCACCUUCAAAUUAUAACCCAAAGUUUUGUAAAUUUGUGUCAUACCUCAUUUUUAAUGUUUUUUUUUCUACUGUAAUUUUUGUAUUUUGAUGUUUUUCUAUUGAAGCUACAGUCAAUUUGUUUUCUGAAGCCAAAGAACGGCCACAUAAAGCUUUUUACAGAAAA